AGCCGGUAAGACACAUUUUGCGGUGACGGGUGCUGUGCUGAUCCAUCCUGUGUUCGCAAUCGCUGCGGCUGAAGAUAUCUCCAAGAUUAAUCCUGCUCAACUCGUGAACAACACGAAGCUAAUUCUUUGGGGUGGCAGGGAAAAGAAGUAUGCUCUAGAUAUAAAGGAUUAUAUACUGCACCCACAAUUUCAAGAAAAGGUGACUUUUGCUACCAUUGCAUUGUUAGACCUUAUCAGUUGGGGUGAGACUAGUGAAUGGAAAGCCCCUGUUCUUCCAAUUUGCAUGCCAAUCAAGGGUGGAGGAGUGUUCGAAGACAUGUACGCAGUCAAAUUGAAUGAUGCAUCCGGAGAAAUGGAAAAAGAGAUAAUAAAAAUGAAAUUCGUAGGAAAUCAAGAUUGUGAAGAGUUCUAUUAUAAAGCUCAGUUAUCGUAUACCAAAAUGAACCCGGUGAAUCCGCUGUGUGCUGUAUCAGAAUUCGCCACGAAGCCGUGCGUUUGGGAUGGCGGUACCGCGCUCAUCACCAGACAAACUUGGGGGUUUUGGAAGCUGAUUGGUUUCGCAGUCCGAGGCCCCGGGUGCGGGGCUCCAACAAGGUUCCUCAACAUACAUGACUUCCUUCCAUGGAUCAAUGACGUCAUUACCCGCACUCCAAGGGAAGAUGAAGAAACAUACGCAUUUGGGUUGCGAAGAAUUUCUCCCAUCAAGUUGAUCAUGUAUAAAGCGUCCGUGCCGAUGCCCAAAGGGACUGGUAACUGCGUGAGGAAGCAAAGAGGAGGGGUGAUCUACAAGGAUAGCUCAGAGUUCCUAACCAAUACGAACUUCGUGCAAGGAUUCUUUUUUCUGGUGGUGACACACUUAGCCGACUUCACGUGCGCAGAGAUCAAUCUUGACGUCCGCUCACGGACUAACGCCGCGAUCUGGGUGGAACACAACUGUCACCACGAUGCCAUGGGCUUGUCAUUAGGCGAAUAUAGACCUAUGAGGGAAAAAAUGACAUGCUUCUUAUACUACAAGACAUCGGCGUACAUUGAGUUUCGCUUCUAUUUCUCCUUCAAGGCCGUUAUAGAGGUGGCUUUAUUUGGCAGAGAGAACACGGCCAUCAUGCGGCUGAAACCGAACCCCUUCAAGUCUUCUCAACAUACUACACCGUGGUGGCCUACUCCUGACGGCCUCAAGUUUAAUUAUUGGGCUCCUAACAACCUUUGGUGGUACAACUUGUGAAACACUAAUAAA